AUGACUCACAGACAAGUUUAUCGAAUCUCCAUUGACAAGUAAAACAAUUCUCAACAAUUCCUUCUUGACUUUUAAAAAUUUAGUCAAAAUGACCCACUGAGUUUCCUAUAAAGAUAAUAGAAAAAGCUCAAUCCAGAGUCAAUAUAGAAAUCAGCUUUAUCUGUACCCAGUAUUAGAGUUCCUGAUAUCUUUAUUUGUUCGAGUUUCGAUGUCAUUUUCAACAACUAGCACACUCCAGGAAUAGCAAGUUUGUUCAAGCCUUAUGAUUUCUAUUUGUCCCAGUAAUUGGACAGAAUAAUGAGUUCCUACAGCUAACUUCUCAUGUAGCUAAAAAGGACCUAUCAGUUUUUGCUAAGGACUCAAAAGGACUAUGAAAAAUCUUUUGAGAAAAAUGAGGAUGGAUUUUUCUUGAAUCUCUAUAAGUACAUCAAUGAGUGUUAGAUACAUGUAUCCUCUAUUUUGGAGAAGUAUUUCCUUCGUCAAAGAGUACUACUUAUAACAAGUCGUGGUGGAUACACUAACUGCCCAAUUUCUGUCUACAUAAAUCUCAAAACUCAACAGGACUUAAUAUCAGAAAGUGUGCUUAGUCAGAUUUACUUUAUGCCAUUUGAAUUCUUUCCAGUAAAGGAAGAGCUUUUUAGACAAACUCUUAUAAAAGAACUAGCAGUCUCAGACCUGAGAAAAACUCUUAAGUCAUCAAUGAGCUAUCAAAUCAGAUAAAUAGGAAAUACAGUCAUUACUCAGUUCAUCAAAGUUGAAGAAGAUGUAUAGCAAUUAAAGCAGAGGAAAAUAUUUGAGGGAUAGAUUAUAACCAAUAAGAUGAUUUACACUUAUCUAGACCUAUUUGAAAAAGCCCGAUAGAGUUUGAUGGUAAAACAAGGAUCUUAAAGAUUUAAUUCCCAGAGUCUUUGCUUUUAUGAUGCUCCAUCUAAGGAAUAAUUAGCAAAUCCUGAGUCUGCAUUUUAAAUUUUGGAAAACAGGAAUUUGGUAUAAAUUAGAUUUCAGAAAGUUCAUCAUGAAGCCUAAGUCAUCAUGCGAAAUAGUGAUUUUUUGUUCAUGAUGAUCUUUGAUUACCUUUAUCAUGUAACUGGUAUAACCCCAAUUCAAGCAAGAAUCAAAAUGAGAGAAAUGUCUUACAAACUAACUAUAUCAUAGUAGAAUGCUCUAGACAUCUUCAGUUUAUAUUUUUCUUUGUUAUGA